GGUGUCACGUGUUCCUCUGCAUUCUACGGGCAGCAAAACAGUCAGACGCUCAGUCACCGGGAGGCUGCUCCACACACAAGAUAGCUAAAUGGUUCCAUCAUCAUACUGAUACUGGUGAAAGAGUUGAGAAACAUCAGCUGCCUCCUGACUGUGGUGGGACUUCAGAUAUCAGUCAUCAACAUUUCCUCACUGGGAUCGAGAUAGGUGGAGACAGCAGUGUGAGGCUCGGCAGGUCGAGCUACAGCCUGGUAACUCAUGGCGAUCAACACAGACGUUGAGGAUUGGGCCGGGGUUGGGAGCAAUGACUCUGGAGAGCGAGCCUGGCUCCUGCAGAGCCCCAGCGUGGAAUCGGUCCGGCAUCUUGAGACGGAGAGCCGGGGGGGCGGCGGCGGCGUGUCGUCCUGGGCAGCGAUCUUCAUCGUAGUGAACGCAGCACUGGGAGCAGGUCUACUAAAUUUCCCCGCAGCCUUCAAUAUGGCAGGAGGAGUGACUGCAGGAGUUAUGCUCCAAAUGUUUAUGCUGAUCUUCAUAAUCAGUGGAUUGGUGAUCCUGGGAUACUGCUGCCAGGUAAGCAACGAAAGCACUUAUCAGGAGGUUGUCCGAGCCACUUGUGGGAAAUUCACAGGGAUCUUAUGUGAAGUAGCCAUUGCAAUCUACACCUUUGGGACCUGUAUUGCUUUCUUUAUUGUCAUUGGAGACCAGCUGGAUCGCUUGGUGGCUGCAGUGGUUCAUGACAAAGAUGGCUCAGUCAGCAGCGCCUGGUACACUGAUCGUAAAUUCACCAUCUCUGUUACUGCAGUCCUCAUUAUUCUCCCUCUCUCCAUCCCCAAAGAGAUUGGCUUCCAGAAGUAUGCCAGUGCGCUCAGUGUGAUGGGGACCUGGUAUGUGACCAUCGUGGUCAUCAUCAAGUAUAUCUGGCCGGAUAAAGCAGCGAUCCCAGUCUACGUUCCUACCAGUUCUUCUUCCUGGACUGCAGUUUUCAAUGCAAUGCCCACCAUAUGCUUUGGCUUCCAGUGCCACGUCAGCUGUGUGCCGGUGUUCAACAGCAUGAGCAAGAAGGCGAUCAAACCGUGGGGAGUCGUGGUCACUUUUAGCAUGAUCAUCUGCCUCUUCGUCUACACAGGAACAGGUGUCUGUGGCUUCCUGACGUUUGGCUCUAACGUCAAUCAGGAUGUGUUGAUGUCGUAUCCUUCAGACGAUAUUGCAGUGGCCAUCGCAAGAGCUUUUAUAGUCAUCUGUGUCAUCACCUCCUACCCCAUUUUACACUUCUGUGGCAGGGCCGUCAUUGAGGGGCUUUGGCUGCGUUUCCAAGGUGAGCAGGUGGAGUUGUGUGUGCGUCGCGAGCAGAGGCGGAGGAUCCUGCAGACGCUGGUGUGGUUCACCAUCACCCUCACCCUCGCACUCUUCAUCCCGGAUAUUGGUCGGGUGAUCUCUCUGAUCGGGGGAUUGGCUGCCUGCUUCAUCUUUGUCUUCCCAGGUUUGUGUUUGAUGCAAGCCAAGCUGUCAGAGACAGACAGCCGAACUGCAAGGUGAGAGGCUGA